GUGCGAGUGUUUGUUUGGACUGGGGCAAGGGAGGCGCGCAUAAAGCGGGGAGGAAGCGGCGCCGGCUGUGGACGUCCGCGCAGGCGAGCAGGGCCCUGUGGUGCCGUUCCCGCUGUCUGCACUGGGUUCCCCGAAAUAGGCGGCAGCCAUGAAAGACCCGAGCCGCAGCAGCGCCAGCCCGAGUAUCAUCAACGAGGAUGUGAUCAUCAACGGCCAUGCUCACGAAGAUGACAACCCGUUUGCCGAGUACAUGUGGAUGGAGAACGAAGAGGAGUUCAACAGACAAAUCGAGGAGGAGUUGUGGGAAGAAGAGUUUAUUGAGCGCUGUUUCCAGGAGAUGCUGGAAGAGGAAGAAGAGCAUGAGUGGUUUAUCCCCGCUCGAGACCUUCCCCAGACGGUGGACCAGAUCCAGGACCAGCUCAGCGACCUCGUCAUCGGCGACGGCUCCUCACUGGAGGAUCUUGUGGUCAAGAGUAACCUGAACCCAAACGCAAAGGAGUUCGUUCCCGGGGUGAAGUAUUAGCCGUCCGAGGAGACGGGGCCUCUCUCGGUGGGCGUAGCACAAUUUCCACACUGUGAAGGCAGUAUUAGAAGACUUAAUUGUAAAAGCUCUCUCUUCUUGUCACUGUGUUACUUAUGCAUUGCCAAAGUUCUGUUAGUCCUGCAUGCUUAAUAAAAAGUGCUGAGACUGUUACGCUCAAA